AUGAAGCGACAGCGAUAUUUUCGACUUCAAUUAUACUUGCUAUUAGUGUUAUUUUUGGUCAAUGAAUGUGGGUGUAAACGAGGUAGUGUAUUUACCGGUAGUCGUGGUACGUCUGGUAGUCGUCUUGGAAAUUUACGUAGUAAGAUGGGCGGCAUGUUCUCAGGUAGCAGAGGUACUUACGGUUCUAACAGAGGUGGUUACGGUUCUAACAAUUAUGGGCGUUCAUCAGGAGGUGGGUUUUGGGGUACCCGUUCAAAUGCCGGUCGUGUUAAAAGUGGAUGGGGCAGUAGUGCACGUGGUACUUCUUGGGGACAACCACGUGGUCGAGGCUUAUUCACAAAAUCGAACAUUGGUUCCUUUGUUGCCGGUGCAGCAGCAGGUUAUUUAACCUAUAAAGCUGGCAAAGCGUUGAUUCGAAGUGCUUAUGCACCUAUGAUGUGGAAUAAUCGACCAUAUUAUUGGGGUUCAAAUUACUACCGUGGUGGUGGAUAUGGUACUCAUAUGUGUCACAUGCCUGUAGAUUCUAAUGAUGAACAUUUGGGUAAAGUAUAUUUUCAAGAUGGUUCUAGACCGAAGGAGUUAGUUUGGAGCUGUAGUUAUGAUGAAUAUUGUUGUGGUUAUGAUUGCUGCUUGCGUGGUGGAGCUUCAGGCUAUUCUGGAUUCAACUUAGGAUAUUCACUGGUCAUCGCUGCUUCUACUGCUUAUUGUCUUCGAAACUACUGA